AAGACCUGGAGGUAUAAAUAUUGGCUGGAAUGAAAGAUGCUUGCACAUCCCAAAAAACACUAGAGAAGAAGACUAAAUAGCAAUUCUAUCUGUCUUGUUAUUACUCUGUAUUUAACUGAAGUCAUCUUUGUUUUUAAUUUAGUGUGUAGGGUUUUAUUUUCAAAAUUUAUAAGUAAAAUCACGAUGGGAGGAUCAGGAUCUAAACCACCCUCACAAGAAUUUGAUAAAGAAUGGAGGGAUACACCCUGGGAAAAGAAAGAACUUUUGGAGGAAAACCUCAGGGAACUUAAGCUGGGCGACUCAAAUGUUAAGUACAUCAGGAUCUUGGUUGUUGGAGAAGUUGGAGCAGGAAAGUCCAGCUUCAUCAACUCAAUCAAUAGUGUUUUUCAAGGAAGAAUCACAACAGAAGCCCUUGCUGACUCUGGGUUUGGCAGAAGUUUUACAAAAACAUACAGAACUUAUUACAUAAGAAAUGGACAAUCAGUUCUGCCUUUUGUCUUCAAUGACAUCAUGGGCUUUGAAUCCGAGGAAUCACAGGGAGCUCAUCCAGAAGACAUUGCCAAAUCCCUUGAGGGUCUCCUUAAGGAAGGACACAAUUUCAAUCCAGCUGUUUCUGAUAAAAAUGUGGACUACAGAAGUGAAACAAGGCCUGAGGAUCUGACAUACUGUCUGGUCUACGUCAUCGCAGCUGACAAGGUAUCGAUGAUGAAGGAAGAAGUCUUCAAAAAGAUAAGAUAUAUUAGAGAGAAGGCCAGCAGUCUGGAAAUUCCUCAGGCAAUCAUCAUGACAAAGGUUGAUGAAGCAUGCCCACUAGUACGAGACAAUCUAAGAAAAAUCUACACUAGCAAGAAGAUAAAAGAGAAGAUGCAGGAGUGCUCUAAUUCGGUUGGUGUCCCUAUGAGCCACAUCUUCCCUGUGAAGAACUACCAUGAGGAGAUCGAUACUCAGAAGGAUGUAGAUGUACUGAUCCUGAGGGCUCUCACACAGAUUGUGCAAAUAGCAGAUGAUCUACUGAAAAGAAAACAAAGUGAUUCUGAAGAAAGAAAGUGUAUCUGAUACAGUAGAGAAAGCCGAGGAAAUUGUGGGAACAUGUAUUAAUGAACUUUCAUAUAAUCGUAGCUUUAUACACAAGGCUGAACUACCUCCUAUGUUUCUGAUAAACAAGUGCAGAGAGGGAGAGAUAUGUAGAUUGUGACACAUACUGUAGUAUUUCUGUAACGAUCAUUUGUUGCUGCUUUCUAUUCACUUAUUCACCUUUCUAUUUUCUACUCAUUACCUAUAAAAUAUUUUUUUUAUUAGGCAAAGUAUGCCGUACAUUAAUCUAACUGCAAAUUUAUAAUAUAUCAUUUUAGUAAAUUAUAAAAACUACCUAAAAAUAUCAUUUGUUACAUGUUCCCAGUCUCUUAUUCUACAAUUUAAUAUGAAAUAUAAUGUUUAAAAUCCUUCAGAAGUCUUUACAUUUCUGUGUACCUCCAUAUCCCAUCUGAUAUUUAAAUACAUUUGUUACAAAAUAAAUCGAUAAUAUUUUAGAUAAAAUGCACAGUUUAGUUGUGUGCCCAGGUUUUCAUUCAGUCCUGUUAUCCUGGGAGAAUUCCACAAUACGCAUUUUCAACAUGAUAUUGCAACAUCUGGAUCUAAAACAUGUGGCCUCAUUUUCACUUCUGUAUAUUUGAUGAUAUUGUAAUGAUGACUGGGAGUGUCAAUCUUAACAUACUGUUCUGUUACCUGAAUUGCUUAGAUGUUGUUUGUUUAUUUUAAAAAUACUAAUCUUUGGAAAAUCACUAUAAUUUGCUGAGUAUUCUCAUAUAUUAGCUCAUUUUAUCACAAAAUCUCAGUCCUGUUAUUUUCAGUCCUGUUACUCAUAUAAAGAGUAACGGGACUGAGUUACAGUAACAGGAGUGAGUAUAUAAUACAGAAUUUGAUCAGCUAUAUCAGGGGUGGCGAACAUCGGUCCUGGAGAACCGCAGCCCUGCAGAGUUUUGCUUCAACCCUCAUGUAUGCUUUUAUUUUAGUGCAAUUGUAUCAAUAAACAAAAUCUCCAGUCUUU